AUGUCUUUGAAUUUUCUUCAAACACUCUCGACUGACAUAGGCCAGCUCUUGCAAGAUUCCGACGAAUGUAAUAUUAUAAUAGAAGUCGGAGAGGAUCCGAAUAUCAAAGCAUUUUACGCUCAUUCGAUUAUAUUGCGGGCGAGGUCACCAUAUUUCCGGCGAGCAUUAUCGCACGAGUGGACCAAAAUCGAAGACGGUCGUAGGAAAUUUAGAAAACCCAAUAUUAAACCAGAAGUAUUUGAACUCAUUCUCAAGUUUGUAUAUUCUGGCGAUAUUAACUUGGAUGGACAAGACGUGUCAAGAAUAUUAGAACUCCUGGUUGCUACCGACGAAUUGCUGUUAAGUGAGCUAUCUGAUCACGUUCAAGAUUACAUAUUGCAUUGUCAAAGUGAAUGGCUUAAACAGAACGUUGUCAGUCUCUGGACAAAAAUACAUCAUUAUGACGCUUGUGCAAAAUUGAAAAACCAUUGCUUGCGAUUGAUAUGUCGGAAACCACAAUUUCUCUUUGCAUCGGAGGAUUUCUUGUCCAUGCCAGAGUCAUUACUACUGCCGUUCUUGCGAAUCGAUGGUCUUCGUAUGGAAGAGAUUGAAAUUUGGGAUCAUGUACGUCGUUGGGGUUUAGCUCAGCAUCCAGAGAUUCAGGAUAAGGACAUGAGCAAGUGGUCCACUGACGAGUACGAGAGUUUGGAAAGGACACUUAAAAACUGCAUGCCUCUCAUUGAUUUUGCCCACGUAUCGUCAAAUGACUUUUACGAUAAAGUAUGGCCAUUCCGGGGAAUGCUGCCCAAGACUCUACUGGAAGACAUAGUCAGAUAUCACCUCAAGACUAACAGUCCUCCUCAGCCUGUCAAGCUUGCUUUUAGGCUGCAGUUCGAUUCUGCUCUCAUUCGAACAUCCCACGUUGCUCUUUUGGCUAGCUGGAUUGAUAGGCUCGGUGACAAGAGGUAUCUCUACGAUGAAGUUCCAUAUCGGUUCCAGUUAUUGUUGCGAGGGACGCGAGAUGGCUUUAGCUCUUCGGUUUUCCAUGAAUUGUGUGACGAAAAGCCAAAGACCGUUGUAGUAAUAAAGAUUCGUGGAACAGACGAGAUAAUUGGUGGAUAUAGUCCGUUGAUAUGGAAACCGAUGGAUGGAUACUGUAAUACUGAAGACAGUUUUCUUUUCAGCUUUGGGAAUCGUGGUAACGUUGAGGACGCUACAUUGAGUCGCGUAUCUCUGUCGCGAUCUUAUUAUGCUAUUCGAUGGAAUGGACUUGACUAUGGUCCUUGUUUUGGAGAUAAAGAUUUGUGGAUGCGAAACAAAUUUAAUGAAGAACAAAGUUGUUCAUGUCGGCGUGACGACUAUGUGGAAUCUAUUACUGAUUGCACAACCUUUGCUGUUGAAGAAUAUGAAGUAUUCAGGAUUGUAAAAAAGUCGGCAUCAAUAGAUGUCGGCCCCAAGACUUAG